AAUCUAUUUCCAUUCUCAUUAUUCACUUACCUAGGGAUCCUAUUAUAAUACCUACAUAAACUACGACUCACUACUAGACUAACCGUCGCCACCUAAAACUUAGUCGCAUACUAUUUUUAUUUUUAAUUGUCUUCUAUUCUAACAAAAAUUGCGAUUUCAACAUAUACUUUACGUAUCUAUACCUUUCAGAGACAACCUAACAAAUAAAAUCCGAAGUCAUGGCCUGGAGAAGCAAAUCGCCUGUUCAAGUCGAGGCCAAGCCCUCGACAUUUAGCCAGUUACUCCCACUCCUAAUCCUCCUCGUCUUUCUCGGCGGUGCUGCUUUCGUCGGUUACCAUAUCUACCUCAGCGUCGUUCAGAUUCGCGACAGUACCGAGAAGCGCAUGGCCAAGAAGAACGUGGUCUUCACCAAGGAUGGUCUCAAAGUUGGCGUCAAGCACGUGGAACAAGAGAACUACGUUGAUGCCACACAGAGUUGGGUUGUCAAGGCCUGGAAUCUAGGGAGUAGCGCUCCAGCGCCCGUCAAGAGGAGAUAAGGAACGGAAGGGGGGAAGCGAGGUCGUGAACUCGAGGACGAGAAGCCGAUACUUGUUGUCGGAUGUAUACCAACUUCAUUUCGUGCGGUACCGGAGGCCUCCUUUAGGGUUGUACAAUCCUAGUGGACCUCUGAACCUCUUUAUUUAUUCUACAAAACCACUUGCGCCCAUGGAAUUACGACGAGUCGCGAAUCCGAUAACACCUAAAUCAACACCAUGAACGUUGUUGAAUCGGAUAUACUCUCUAUGACUGCGGAAAAUGGAUGCGCAAGAAGGUUCUUUACGAUAUACGAUGAUACCCUGGCUGAUGGUUGGGCGGAUGUUAGGGGGUAGAGGACCACGGUGUUUCUAGUGUUGCUUAUUUACUGUACCAACAAAACAAGGCGUUUACAGCUCAAAAAAUAUCUUUAAGAUUGUGGCUGUCGGUGCGGCCGCUUCCGCAUUGUUCAACCAGCAUCAGACUAAUAUAUAACAAACAAAUGUCGUGGUGGACUUUGUACUACAAAUACCAC